GUCGUCAACCUCGUGAGAUACCCCAGCGCCGCGGUGCGUAACAUGGGUCUUGGGAUCCUAGAGCCCCACACGGACGAGCCCGUCCCCGGGACGGUCCAUCUACAAGCGGAAGCCGGGAGACGCCUCCGGAAUCGGUCUCGUUUGAAGCAUGGAACGGGACGCCAUGCGGAUAUCGUCCUCGCACCGCAGCCCUCCGACUCCCCGAACGAUCCUUUGAACUGGUCUCGGGCUAGGAAGCUCUACACGUCCAUCUUCCUCAGCAUCGGCACCGGGUUAAUGGCGGGAACUCACAAUUUCGUCAACCCCGCAAAUUCUCAGCUCGCGAAGACGUUCCAGACCAACAUAUCUACCAUAUCGCAAAGCGUCAGCAUUGUCUUGCUAACUCUGGGAAUCAGUGCGGUGUUCUCAAGCCCUCUUGCUCGCAUCUGGGGUAAGCGGCCCGUCAUCCUAGUCGGCAACGCCCUGGCUACCAUCGGAUACGUAAUCGCCGUUUCUAAGCCGGGGAAUCUUACGGCACUGUACGUCGGGCGAGCGAUCCACGGAUUGGGAAUUUCGCCGCUGGAAUAUCUAGUCAGCUCCAGUGUCGGCGACUUAUUCUUCGUCCACGAGCGUGGGGUCCACCUGGCGCUGUGGCAUUACGCUCUCUCGGGAGGCAAUGCUAUCGGCCAGGUGAUCGGAACGCAGAUACUAGCUGCGCAGGGUUGGCUUUGGCCGUUCUACUAUACAAUCAUCGCCUUCGCAUUGUACACCAUCAUAUACUUAUUCACUUGCCCGGAGACUACGUACAACCGCCCGCACUGGCUUGACAUCGAUAUCGAGGAGGAAGUGGCAGAAAAUAGUAGUCUCGAAGGUGGAGGCUCGGGCGACAAGUCGGAUAAUAAUAGGGUUGCCAGCCAGAAGAGCAGCAACCCCGUGACAACAGAGGUCCGAGAUUUCGAGGGGGGGGGCUCUUCGGACGCGCCGAUAUCCUACUGGCAGGGCCUCAAGAUUUACAAUCGCAGGUUUAGCGACGAGUCACCCGUGCGCUCUCUGCUCACACCGUGGACUGCGUUUAUGCUUCCGGCGGUCAGCUGGGCCGGGUUCUCCUACGGCUGUUCCGUCGCCUUUUCCGCGUCCUUCUCAGUAGCGCUGGGCCAAAUUUUCACGAAGCCGCCGUACAACCUUACCACCUCGCAAGUCGGGCUGUCGGCUUUUUCCUCCUUCAUCGCCGCGACUCUGGGCAACGCCAUCCCCGGCCCUGUGUGCGACUGGCUGGUGAAGUUUCUCUCUAGGAAAAACAAGGGUGUGUACGAGCCGGAAUUCCGGCUCAUCUUGUCGGUCCCAUCCCUGAUUCUCGGCCUGAUGGGGUUCUGGGGCUUCGGGUUAUCACUGGAGGGAAAGUCGGACUUCAUGGUUCCGGUAUUCUUCUACGGUCUCUCCGUCUUUGCGGGGUCGAUCAACUCGCUCAUCUCGAAUGCGUACCUGCUCGACUGCCACCGGCCCCAAGCGCAAGACGGCUACGCAGCGGUCACGAUCACGCGCGGCGUAUACUCGUUCGCCAUGACUUUCGUCAUCAACGGUUGGUUGUCACGCGACGGGUACAAGGUGGUGUACUUUUGGAUCGGGUUCCUCCACGGCCUCAGCUGUAUCAUCGGAAUAGCUCUCUACUUUUUCGGGAAGAAGGCAAGUCCCCUGGCUGGUGCGGAAGGCCUCGUCCGCUACGCGGUUGCGAAGAACAAGUUCAUCCAGAGCAGAAUCGCGACGAGGAAAAUUAUUUAA